AUGUUCAAACUUUUCAUUUUCGCCACUUUCUUGGCCCUUGCUGCCGCCAAGCCCCUUCUAUCCGUGGCGUACACUGAACCAAUUGCAGCAGCAUAUGUGGAUAGUGUAUCAGCAUCAUACGUAGCACCUGUGGCGUACUCUGCUUACACCGCACCGGUCGCUGCCUACUCCGCCUACACAUAUGCUUCACCAUACGGUGCUUACUACCUUCGUUGA